UACAGUGAUGAACAGAGCACCAGAUCAGUGGAAACUGGAGAGAGAGAGAGAAGAGAGAAGAGAGAAGAGAGAGAGACGGCCAGAAAAUGGAGCACAACGACGGUGGUGGGAAUAGAGCGGAGGCUCUGCGGUGGCUGAGUAUAGCGGAGAAGCUUCUGGCGGCGCGUGACUUCUAUGGAACGAGGAGCUUCGCGAUCCGGGCGAGAGAAUCGGACCCCAUAGUGCUGGAGGCGGCCGACAGAGUAAUCGCCGUCGCGGAUACGCUGCUAGCGGCGGAGGGACGGAUCAAUAAUCAGUAUGAUUGGUACGGUAUUUUGCAAAUUUCGCAGCCGACUCACAGCAUGGAGAUAAUUGCAACGCAGUAUAGGCGACUGGCGCUUCUUCUUCACCCUGAGGCGAACAGAGUUGCGUUUGCAGAUCAUGCUUUCAGGCUCAUCUCUGAUGCUUGGUGUGUGCUUUCGAAUCCCUUGAGAAAAGCCUUGUACGAUAAUGAUUAUCUGAUGUACUCCAAAUUUAGCCCUGGAACGACUGGGUCGAAUCAAAAACCGAAGUCCCCGCCGCCGCAGCCCCAAUUUCCGCAGCCUGUUAGAACUAGUCCGAGGAAGGAGACUAGGAUGAUGGUAGAGGAGCCUCAGCAUCAAGAACCGCCACCACCAGAACGCCCGCAUCCGCCACCGCUGGAACUCCUACAGCCGCCGUCGCCAGAACGACCGCAACCGCAACCGCCACCGCUACAACCACCGUCGCAGCCGCAGCCACAACUUCCUAACCGACCACAGCAGCAGGAAGAUCCGCAGCAAUUUGUAAGAAAAACCCCCAAAACCCCCCAAACCCCCAAAUCAAUGAGUGUUGAAGUAAUUGUAGAGGAAGAGAGACCAAAUGUCAGUGAUGUCCAUGAGUCAGCUCAGGAAGCUACUGAGCAGCACAUUGAUUCCAAUCGCCCCUCACGGGAGCCAGAGUCUACCCUGCCGACUGAGUCCAGCAUUCCAAGUUUCUGGACUGCAUGCCCUUACUGUUACAAUCUCUACGAGUAUCCCAAGGUUUACGAAGAUUGUGUGCUUAGAUGCCAAAAUUGUGGCAAGGCAUUUCAAGCACUGGUUAUUCCAUCACCACCAGUAGCUGAAAAUGCUUCCACAUUCUGCUGCUGGGGGUUUUUCCCACUUGGGUUUUCUCCCAAUGCUAAAGGGCCAAUGGGGUCUGCACCCUGGUCGCCAUUUUCAGCUAUGUUUUCCUGUCCUCUGCCUGAUAAGGGAGGAACAAAGCCAGGGAAAGCUAAAAACGUUAAACCCUCCAAGAAAUCCACACCGAGAUUUGUUUGUGAAGAGGAUGAUCUUUAUAUCCAAGCUUCAGAACCAAGUGACAGUUCUGAUGAAGAAUGGGGAAGGGUAAGUAAAAAGAAGAAGCCUAAGAGAAGUUUAGCUACUAGAAGUGAUAAUAGAACAAAUUCUGAGAGCUUGCUGAAAGGGAACCAAGGGAAUGUAGAUGAAGGUGAGAAUAGGAAUGGGUUGGUGCGGUUUGGGUUGUCGAACGCCACGAAGGGCGAGUCAAGUAAGAAGGCUGUGGUAGCCGCAGGGGGGACUGGGAAGAAGCAUAGAUCGAAAGGGCCAAAGGAGGUAGGGAAGUUGGAUUUGAAUGUGGAAUUCAGCAAUGAGGUUGAAGAACCUGCCACAGGCGUAAGUGGAGGACAUGGGGAGGAUAAUAUUGAAGGAAUUGGGUUCUUUGAGGGGCUUGAUGAAUUUUUGAGUAGUCUGCCAAUACUUAAUGCUGUGGCUGAUGAUAAGGUCAAAGCUAGCUAGUGAGGCUCUUGGAUGUUAUUCUUGAAGUAAGACUCUUCCUUAUGUUCUUGAUGUUGUAUUUUGUUAUUGUAGUAUACAAAUCAUUUUAAGCUGCAAUGCCUUUUGCCUAGUUGUUCUGUUCUUGCACUGUCAUUCACUUUACUCCUGAGCUGAAAUGCAUUUAGCUAGUUAUACACUUUGAGAUCUUUAGUGUUGAUAUCUGAAAGUUAUAGUUUGUUGCUUCCUGGCACAUUUUAAGAGGAUUCUGGUGUUCUUGAUUCA